CAUUUUUAGAUAAUUAUUUUUUUGGUAAAAUGACGUCAUGAAUAUUACAGUUCAAAAUGAAUUCCACUGCAAAUAUAUUGUUAAAUUUGGCUCUAAUUUUAAUUUUACUGACUAUUUUAGUCAAAAAUAAAUUUGAGUUAUUUUCUUUCAAUGGUCAAAAUUGCAAUUUAGACUUAAUGUUUCAGAAAACUUCCAAAAAAAGUUCAAGUUUAAUGAUGUCAUAUUGUGACAGCAUUCGAACAAAUCUUCAUAGCUAUUGUGUAUUUAGUUCGCCUUACGUUACGUUGCAACCGUUGCAACCUACAACAAUAAUAAUAAUUAGCUAUUUCGCGCUUGCUGGUGUAGACUUAUUUGCUUUUGAGCUAAAAUUUACUUUGAAUUUUGAUCAGACCGAGACAGUGUUUACAGUGUAUGCAAAGUUGCGAAGUAAUUGUGACUUAACAGUCUUGCGUGGAUUUGUCAUGGUGUAUCUUCAUUUCCCGACUAAUUUAACUGAGGAGGAAAUAGUUUUACAAAAUAAAUAUGCAAAGCUCCGCAAAAAGAAAAAGGCAUUGCAGGCACUGAAGGCCCCUCGCCAGGAACCGGAGCCGAUUCACCCAGUGAAGCGGCCAUCUGAAGCCAAAGAUGCCAAGGAAUAUGCUAAAAAACUAAUCCGGUCUGGGGCCAUUCGAUCCAUCGAACGUCGUGAUGAUAACAAAGAGAAAACAACAUUCAAACGCUCUAAGGGCCUGGAGCGGAAGCUGUCGGGCUCGGACCGGGCGCUGAGCGGCUACCAGCCGUUCUCUGCCAGCCAUCCGGAGGACGAGCCGCCGCCGCCGCCGCCCGCCGAGCGUGACAAGGAGUUCCGGCCCGGCAACAAGGUCAAGACGCUGUACGACAGCUUCAUCUCGGCUCGGGAUAAGGAGGAGCGGUCGUCAUCGCGAGACGUGGCCUCGGACAAACCGCGUCAGGGCAACACGGUGUACGUGCGCGGCUAUGGCGUCACCGAGCAGCUGCUGCGGCGCUCCUUCCAGAAGUUCGGCGCCAUCGUCAACAUCAGCAUGGAGAUAGAGAAAAACUGCGGUUUCCUGACGUUCGACAAGAUGGAGGCUGCGGAGCGCUCGAUCGCCGCCAUGAGCGGUACGACGGUGGACGGUGUGCAGCUACAGGUGUCGUACGCGCGCCGGCAGCCCAAGAUCGAGCCCAUCAACGAUGCGUCCACGUCCAGCGCCUGGAGCACUAUCGCGGCGAGCCACUCGCAGAAGGGUCUGCACAACAAGGACCAGCGGAACGUGGUCACCUACGACGACGCCUACUUCUGAGCGUCUGCCUCCGAUCUCUGCGGCCGCCGUGAUCUCCGUUCUCGGCGGAGAAGCCGUGUCACUCGCGCUGCUGUUCAUAACAAGCCUACAAGCCUGCGGUGCGUUUUCCUCCUGCCUGAGUCUAGGCGUACUUCUGUAGCUGGCCGUGCCCAGUGUCGGCGGCAGCUACGAACUUCCUCCGACCUCGACCAUCUAUUGCUGACUAGUCCCGAUCUCAGCGGUCGGCCGCCGUCUGCCCGGGCCUCAGUGAGGUCAGGCUGGGCUGCGGAGCCCCGACGGCACCGGAUACUGACAGAGAUGACGAGAGAUAACCGUCUAAAUGAGCAAUGGUAAUCGUGACAUGGAGAUGCGUAGUGUGCGCGUAACGGCGAUCGAAGACAAAUAUGUUGUACUUUGUUGAAUGGCCCGAGCGUCCAGUGCGGUAUCCGGAUCGACCAGGGCCGGAGUUCGUCAGUUAUGAAGAUACCUGAUUAGUAUCGUGGAACUGGAUAUGUUUGAUUCUCUUUAGACCCUGGGGAGCGCUAGGCCAGGUUGUGUUGUGUGCGACACGGCAAGUGUGCCUGGCCGAUUAUCCCCGUGUCGGUGAGACGGCGGUGGAGAUGGGCGUUACGGUGUAGUGUCGAACUCUGAAUGGACUAUGAACCUGUCUGUACGUAGACUGAUUGUAAUUAGUGCAGCGUGUGUUGCACCGGAAGGCGAGGGGACGGGUUGGGCCGAUGUGUUAGCAGAUGUGUCGGCUCAUCCACCGACUAUAGCUGCCGCAGCCUUGUGACCGGCGCCUGACAGAGAAUGUUGAGCCGUGGCACACGGCGCUUGAGUAAGGACGGCCCUGAAUCACCCGUGUCUCAUCUAUGAUCGAAUGUCAAUACAGCUCAAUGCCAAG